AUGACUGCCGAUAUAAGCAGCGUCCUUCCUCGUGACCACCGUGAGGAACUUAAGGCAACAUCUUGUCCUGGAACUGAAGAAUGGAGCCACUUCAGAGACGGCGUAUGGAAUCUUCCAACUCGUGGUGGACUCGACGGUGUUUUGGGUCGCUGGGCCGCAAACGUGCGGGUGAAACUUGCGGGGCACCCGGUGCGGGCCAGAGGCGGACAGGCAGCGCCUCUGACGGGCGCGUGGCGGGCGGCGGAAUCAGCGCCAGUGUCGCGGCUGGCGAGCUGUGUGCAGCACCGCGCCGUCGCCGCAGCUUUGAGUGCGGGCGUGUGUGCGAGUGCCUGUGCGUGUGUUUGCCUGUGGCUAGUGUGUACUGGCGCCCGCCAUGUGUGCCUUGUCCGGCGACAGCUGACGACGGCGCCCGCAGCAGCGCUCCGCCCGAGUCCGUACGCAGACGCAGUCGCGGGCCCCGUGUUUGCCCAGCGCCGCCUUGCCGCUACUGUGCGGCCAGUGUUUUUUCUGUGGAACAGGGAGCCGCUCUGGGAUUCCUUUGUGAGUGACGGAGGUGGCCGCUUCCGCCGCGGAGAAGCAGAAUAUGGACGGUGCUGCCUUUGGAUUGCUCGUAACAGAAACAAAGGUCACGAGUUAGAAUCGCAUUGUUACCUGCUCUGCAAUGAGCCACUGGAGACCACAGUUCUCUUAUACCAAAUGAAUCUGACUUCCAAGUUUGUAAAAAUCACGAACUUCUGUUAGUGUGUUACAAAAUCCGUUGAUGACUGAUAGAUAUGUCUAUACCGGUAAUGAAUCGAAAUAUUUACAAGCGAUCAUGGCGUACCUGGUAUUUUGAAAUAAUGUAACCCCUCCAUUUUGCCGGUGAACUGCCCUUACGUUCGGUUUCAUUGACGUGUUCAGUGUGAAGCGACGUGUGAGCGCCUCCUCACCCGGGUGCCGCUACCCGCAGAGGAAGUGAUUUCGCAGGCAGGACGGCUCUGCGCCGGCGCAACCAUUCCAGCAGAACGAGGCAGCGGCGGCAGCACGAGGCCGCCCGCCGGCUUGUUUGGCUCUGCUGGGCUGGAUCCAGGUCAGCGCGCCACCACCACCAACAUCGCCAGGCGGCGCUGCGCACCCACCGCCCGUAAGGCUCUGGACACGGAAUGUACGGCCGAUGUGCCGGCGCCCGCCAUUCGGGUCCAUAGUGGUGUUGUUCACACUUCGGCUGCUACACUACGGUUAGCCGUGUCCACUGAAUAAGCGGGA